AUGCCCAAUGCAACAAGACAUGGCAAACACCUAAUUUGGGCUCCCUCCACACAUAUCGGUUUCCAACAGGUCAAUCCGAAUUACACACCCCAGGCUGAACAGCAGCACUUCACUCUGCAGACAGUACGCUUCCCUGACAAUAACUUUCGUGCUGUCCCGCCUCAGGAAAGAGGAGAAAUCAUGUCGUUCACCAAUAAUUCCUUUGGUGCAGCAACCUACUCCAACGUGACUUUCACCCCAGAUCGAGUUACAUAUAACGAUACAUUCAAUGCGCCUGACGAUACUUCCAGUGGUCAACUCUUCAGUUGGCAGCACCCAUUGGAGUAUGUUGCCCCAGUUCCGCAAGCCUUGCAUUUCGUACCAGAUGCCGUUGGUCAUUAUGGUUCGUACCAAACUUAUGAAGCUACGGCGCAGACAUAUGAGUAUGAGGGGGGCUACAGUGAUAUGUCGCGGCAAACAAUGGACAAUGGGUUGUUCGUAGGUGGUGAGCGAGUACUGCGAGAUGAAGGAAUUAAUGGCGGUGUGUAUUAG